AAGUCAACUCAACAAGUGUUGAUUUUAAAAUUUAUCCUCGUUUACAAAGCACACCAAAUACCUUAAUGUCCUCUGAACCGGCUCCUCUACCAGAAAACUCUGCUCUUCGGAGCAAGAUUCGCGUGUACGCCCGCGAACAGCGCCAGGAGUGCCGAAUCCAAGCAAAGGACUCGCUCCGUUUGGGCUUGGGACAGAUCAAGAAAGAGGUGGCGACACUCGAGGACCUGGGCAUCAAAGAUGUGCUUGGUCUGGCCUCUAGGAUUAAGCGUCGAAAGCAUGCGACCUCUGAGGACCUUUACCGCCUGGCCCUGGCCUUCCUUCAGGGGAACGAGAAUAUCAACGCCUUCGCAGCGAUUCCUGGCGCCAUACAGGUGCUGGUCAAGGAGCUAUCGGGACCUCACAUUCAGCGCCAGAUCGAUGCCGUCGAGUGUCUGUGCAACCUUUCCCUGGGCGAGGCCCAUGUGUCCGAGAAGAUAGCGACUCUGGCGGGCAGCUACAUGGUCACCUAUUUGGACGGAAAGGAGGAGCGGCUAAAGCACAGCUGUCUGUGGACACUGGCCAACAUCCUUGCCACCUGCAAUAAGGCCGCCCAGACCUUGCUCCAGAUGCAGCUGGUGUCCAAAUUGUGGAAGCUGUACACGACGCCCGCCAGCGAACCGAGUGGAUGCCAAGAGGACGCCGGCAUCUGCCUGUUUAUGGUGGCCACCCACGCCCUGGAGCAUGUGAACGUCGAGGAGCGGAAAUACCUGACACAGCACUUGCACGAGAAGCGUCUUGGGGAUCCUGCCAGCGAGUACUUCAUGUACAUCGUGCACCAGCUGGAAGUUGUGCGGCCUGAUCAUGGCCUCGGUGUCCAGCAAGCUGAGGGUCUAGUGAAUUUCUUCGGAGCCAGCCUGUUGUGUCAAGACUUAAGCUCCUUUUCGGACAAGCUGAGCCUGUUCUACGGAGUGCGAGUCCUGGGCAAUCUGGCGGCCAUGGGCGACGCUACACUGUUAGGAGUCCUGGCAAAUCCAGAGCAUUUCGUGAGUGUCCUUAACCGGCUCUUUGCACUUCGCGAAGCUCAGCUAAGCAAGGACCUAAUGCGGCUGCUCAGGAAUUUCCUAGAGCUAAACAUCUGUGACUCCAACCUGGUCCUAGAUCGCUUGGAAAUAUACGCAUAAAUUUAAGGUUAA